UCUCCCCCCCACCCCCCCAUCUCGUCUUCCUGUGGGCCUGGGGUUUUACUUCCGGGUCCCAGCGUCAGUCACUGAGAAAGUCGACAUGUUCCCUCAGGUGGUGGGGCGACUCGGGGUCCGCGCCCUCCUGUGAGCCUCUGGGGCAGGGACGACGCUUGGCUGACGAGCGCGGCGGGACCGGCGGGCUCCGAGCCUGGACGCCCGGGCCGCGUCCCUCCCGCCGGCGCCCGCGCGGCGCUCCCGGCACCAGGGCGGAGAGGAAGGACGGGUUGCGACGUGGAGGGUCCCGCGCGCCGCUGACGAGCCGGUGCGAACGCGGGCCGCGCGGAACCCGAGAGGAGGGCAGUCCCGGCCGGGCGCGGCCCUUCGGCUCCCCAGCUCGGGGAGGCGGCCCGGGCGCGGCUCGUCCGCGGGGUCCGGCGGGCUCUGUCACGCUCGGCCGCGCGGGCCCGAGGGGAGCAAGCGCGCGUGCCGGCGCGGACAGCCGCUCGGCAUGGGGAGGAAGCUGAACCGCGACCUGCGGCCCGCGGGGACGGUGGCGCAGAGCACAGUUUUUGAGACAGUGUCCUUGAGUUCAGACUCUCUCUUCCAGAGGGCAGUUUCAAUUCUCCAUACUUCUUACUUGGACUCUGCAUCUGAGCAUGGUUUUCAGUACAGUCAAGUGACUUUGGUGAAAAAUGACAUUUUCUUAAAUGAGUACAAAACUUUUUACCAAGAAAAAAAAGCAAGUAACUAUACUCACGAAGAACUUCAAGAAACUUAUGGGUUUCUUCUGUUUGAAACUGAAAAUCAGGCAAAAUUGGUAUGUCAGCGUGGACUCUGUCUUGGCAGCAGUGCUAUCACCACUCUGGGUGACCCAGGGAAAGGUGUGUACGUUUCCAAAUACUCAGACUACCUUCAUGCAAGACCUUGGUACCAUGGGAAGUCUGGUUAUGUUGUAAUUUUUCAUCUAAUUAAGUAUUACCUCUAUGAACUUUCAGGCAGCACUGUUACUGAGCGACCCAGACAGAUCUGUCCUUAUAUGAUUGUAGCUUUUCAGUACAAGGAACCUAAAAAGAUGGCAGCACCAGCUCAUAAUCAUAAAAGCAUACUUGGACUCAGAGAAGAUGUUCUCACCUCUCCGUGGAAAGGGAAACUAAUUAUUCAAGGCUGUCUGCUAUGUGAUAUAACUCUCUGGUCCUCUUAUGGUAGUGCAGUGGUUCCAAAACAACUACCACAUGAACUAGAUUUUAAGUAUGUCAUGAAAGUGUCGUCUUUGAAAGAAAGGCUACCAGAAGCUGCUUUUAGAAAACAGAAUUACAUGGAGCACAAAGUCUGUUACCAAGAUAUGUGCUUCAGUAUGUAUGAGGUGGAGCUGUCAGACAAACAAGGGGAAAAAGUAGAUAAGCUAACAGAGUACAUUAAAAGGGAGCAAUUGGCAAUCAUCAAAUGCUUAGAAGAUCGAGAAUUUUUCAUUUUACUUACGUCGUCAGCCUUAAUGUCAGAAACAAGUUUCGGAGAGGAGCACAUGGGUCUGCGUGGGUUGCAUCUAUUCCAUUCAUCCCCGUCAGCAGGGCUGAAAAAUUUGGAAGUUGAAGAUGACAUCUCAUUGAAGGUGGUACCUAUUCUACCUGCCCUUAAUUGUGCCCUGCUAGAAGCAAAGAAAUCAUUUUCUGAAAAAGGAAUCUGUCUAAACACACUAGUAAAGCAUAAUUUUCAAGAAUUGUACAAGGUGGACAAAAAUCCUUCAGUGACUGCUGCUUCUCAGGAUGGAAGUAAAGAGACCGUGUUCUUUGGCAAAGUGUCCAGUGCUGUUGGCUCGACUCCUACAGCUGAGAAGUGCCCACUACAGUCUUUAACUCAGUUGAAGUCUUAUUUUUCAGACCCUGCCGGGUACAUCUUGGAGGUGUCUACCGUGUUAGGUUUAUUAGCAGAGCGUCCUCAGUCACCUUGUAUUUCAGAUGGGAUUUGUGAUGCUGGAUUUUCUUUAGUUAUGACUCCAGAUCCUGAAUUUCACGACUCAGAGGCAGAAGUAAGAAAAGAAACGGACACAGAAAAGGAUUCUGAAGAGAUGGUUAAGGCAAGGCAGGGAGCUCUGGUCCCACUGAGUCCAGCAUCAAAUCUGAGAGUUCAGCCUAAGAGAAAGGCCAGCACGCUCCCUGUGGUACCAAGUAAAAGGGUGAACUUGUGCCGUCCCUUUCCCAAAAGAACUCCUGCUGGAGCCCACAAGGGUCCAGACUCUCCCACAACUCUCAAGUUAGUCAAAGGACAGUUUCCUCAGAAAAGAAAAAGAGGUGCUGAAGUGCUGACUGCACAGUUUGUACAGACAACCAAAUUGAAUAGGAAAAACCAAGAAGCUCCUAUUUCUAAAGAUGUUCCAGUGGCAACGAGUGCUAAAAGGGCAAGGAAACGAGAGACCUCUCCCGUCAAAACUGUGCCGAGGGCUAAGCCACCUGUGAAGAAACCUCCACAGAAACAGAGGGUAAAUAUAGUAAAAGGCAAUCAGAAUCCCAGAAUCAGAAAGCAGCCACAGCCUGCCAAAAGAGAAACUGCUUCACAGCUUCAAUCUGAAAUUUCAGAUGGUCAAGAAGAUAUUGUUAGCAUAAACACAGCUCAACCAGAAAGUACCACAGUGGCUCCAAAAGACCCACCUGAAAACUCCAUUAUCAACUGUGACUCCCAGGCCCUAAAUAUGUUGGCUGAUCUUGCAUUAAGCGCUGCUACCUCUACCACACCAUCCUCUGAGCCCAGAAACUUUUCCUGCUCCUCUGAAUUGCCACAGAACGUUGCUUUGCUUUCUAAAGAACUUUCUCUGUGUGGCACAUCGGACCACGAAUAUCAUAGAGGAGUCAAAAGCCAAAAAGGUGGACCGUUACCCAAGGCCUCCUCUGAGAAGAGUAAUCCGACGUCAGACCCCACAGUCAGCCAAGAGGAAGAGAGCUCAGUUCCUGGCAGGCAGGCCCCCGCAGAAGCCCAGUCGGCACUUGCCGAGGAAACCCUAGGAGGUUCCGACGCGAGCCGAAGCUCUUUUGUUGCUGUAGAACAUUCCUACGCCCUGCUCCUUGCAGAACAUUCAAAGAAGCAUCUACAGCAGAGAGGGGCCCUAGGCCCCGCCUUUGCCAAGAAUGGCACAAAAGGCCCUGAAGCAGGGACCCCAGUGGGGAAAGUGAUGCCAUUUCGGCAUCAGCAGAUCACCUCCCCGCUGCAGAAGCCCUCCAGGGCCCCGGCGCUCAGGCGCAGGGGCAGGUUGCUGCCCUCCAGCCUGCAGGACUUCUGCUGCUCUCACACCGUGUCCAGCUGCGACGGCUCCUUUAAGGUCACUUUCACAUGUGAAGCGGAUUACGUGUUCAGCUUAGACAGCAAGUAUACCAACAACCCGCUGGAGAAGACUGUCAUCAGAGCGCUGCAUGGGCCCUGGAAUACCGAUUUACCGGAUGAUGUGGAAGAAGUGAAGCUUUUACUUCAUAUGUGGGUAGCUCUGUUUUACAGCAAUCAAAACAAAGUCAUACGAUCAUCCCGGAAAGUAGUAGAACACAGCAACCCAGCAAAAUAUGUGUCCAUAAAUAGCACGUUAGAGUCGUUUGAAUUCAGUGAAAUGGAGGAGUCCUCCAAUGUGGAAAGGUGCCCCGUAGACCCUCUGUUGGAGACUAACGAGGUUUCCAGAGGUCAUGCCGCCGAGGUGUCCUUCCCUGAUGCCGCCCCCCUGCUUCCUUUCGUGAAGCCGCCGCCUGUGAGAGGCUUGGAGCUCUGGGUGCAAAAUGAACAGAAAGAAAUGUUUGCAACAGCAGGUCAUCCAGAGUCCCCAGAAAGCCAGAAUUUCAUCUGUUCUUGUAAUAAUGAGAUAAUUCGGGGGAAAGCUGAACAAGAGUCAUCAGAUAAACUAGAGACUUCUAAUCUUGUGCUUUCUAGCAUUGGAAGCACCCAAACUAAUGGACGACCUUCUGUUCCUGCUGAAGAUAAAACCUUUGAGCCACUUGAUAGCACACAAGUGUCUUCUUAUAAUGAUACUGUCACACAAACCACAUUCGCCAAGACUUAUGAUGGGCUCAGCAGUCCAUCAGUGAUUUGUCAGAAGUCUGUGUACAGCACCCUUGAAAGCAAAGUUGAUAUUUUUCAUCCAAAAAUGCAAACAAAAACAGGUGCUUUGCAGGGCCUUAUCCAGCGUAGUAGCCCUGUAAACAAAGACUGUCAGCCGUCGUUGGAAAGGAAGGAUGAUAUGGGCUACGUCAUGAUUAAUCUGGAACCAUUUACCCUCACUUUUGAAAAAAAUGCCCGUGCACCAGUACAGACAGAAGCUGUAAAUAGAGCAGAUAACCCUGCAGGCUUUAACAUGGAGGUGAUUAAACAAGUCUUACCUGCUACAAGCCUUAGACAUCCUGUGUCCACGCUUGAAAAGCUGCAGACACAAGGUCUCAGGGACAUUCCCUUUCUGGAAGUGUCAGGACAAAAAGAUGCUAAGUACCUCUGUUGCUCCUCAUUUGCUAAAGAAAUGUGUUCAUCACAGGAAGAACAGGCUGCCGCAGCCUCAUCCUCACCGGCUGAUAACUCUCUGCUAACAGAGGCGCUAGCAUUGGUUACAGGUUCUAAUUAUCUGUUACCCAGAGAAGAAAUGAAACUCCCUCAAGAAUUUCUUCUGCCGCCUCAGAGUCUCUUCGGCAUCUCUUCGGAAGAGAUCAUAGAGCCCUGCCAGGUUGAAGAGUUUAUCUCAUCGUCUGCCUCUGCCCUCUUGGGAAAAAGGCACUCCCUUAACUGUGUCCAGUCAACAAGGAGUAUUUCGGAUGGCUCUUCAGAACUGAAGAAUGACAAGAGUGGUCUGAACAGUGAAAAUAUGAGUUUUGCAUCAUUUAAUUCCACAUUUACCAAACAAACCAGCCUAUCUGUGAAUAGAGAGGAGGUCAGCCUCGAGUUAUCAGAGGAUUCUGACCUUGACCUCACUCUCACCAUAUCGCCACCCACGAGUCCCCGGGAAGAAGCUCCCGCUGGUGAAACGGAGCAGCAACAGGAGGCCCCAUUACCCUGCUUAGGACUUCAGGAGACGGCAGAAGAAAUAAUUGAGCCCAAAGAGGUGCCUUUCUUAGAAAACAGAGACGUGGACUCUGCUGAUCACACGUCAAUGAAACCACUAGAAAAUGAGGAGAGAAAAGGUGAUAAUCUACAGACAGUGGCUUUCAUACUUCCUAAAGAAACGUGUGCCCUUGAGGUUGUGGAGGAAGUUCAUGUUGCUUCAGACUUCCCCUUUGGUUCUUUAAUUGAAGAAGUGUCACCAGCUUCUAGCCCUGACCCCCAGGGAGCAGGUGAAGACGCACAACCAGCUCGGGCUGCAUCUCCGAGGAGUUUAAAACCCUGUGAUGCGCGCUGUGAGGAAAGUGCUGAAGCCUCCCAGGUUGGGUCCGUGGACUUGGCCGUCGCAGAAAACGAAAAUUCUUUUGUUGGCCCCACCCACCCAGUGGGACAGGAUAACUUAACUCAGGUACAACACAUGCAGCUUUCUGCUGAAAUGCCUCUGCUGUUAAAAAGUCACCCAGGAAGAAAUGAUAGAUACAUAACCCUUCCUGGUGAAGUCGCUGAGGAGCCUGCCCCAGGUGAGCACGGCGAGGGCGCCGGGUGCCGGGGUGCAGAGUCCACAGAGUCGGUGCGGCCUGCCUCAGCUGCAGAGUGUGCGGGGGCGCACGGGGGCCUGGCGCUGCCCGGAGACCCGCCGCGGCCGGCGCGUGCCAGGGACAAGGGCCCCCACCGGAGUCAUCUUGUCGUGGGGACCAGCGAGCCUCCAUUUCGUCCUCAGGAGAGGCUGGAAAAGAAGUCUCUUGCUGUCAGCUCUGUUUCUCCAGCCGUACCAGGCGGUGUGGUGAACGCAUCAUUAAAACAGCAGACCUGCCCUAAGAGCCUGAAGGAAAACCUCUUGAGCAGUGAUGUGAAGACAAACGAACGCUGUUACAUCCUGGUUAAGUCCUUGCGCUCUGACCCGGUGGCCGGAGCUGAGGUCGCACAGGCCCACGGGCACCUGGAGCUCCCCGAGCCCACCCUCUCCUCAGGUGGGGCCACCCUAACCCGCAGUGCAGGACCCAGCAACGCAGGGACAGGGUUUCAAACGCAGGAAAUCUCAGUCGUCCGAAUGGCCAGUCUGCUCAAGAGUGAUGAAGCUGGAGCUGGGUUCCAGGAGGGAGCCGUGGAUCCGGGAGGAGUCGCCUCCGCGGAAGGCAGACCAGGACCGGCCCACGUGCUGCAAGACGGGUCACCGUGUGCAGCAGGAGAUGUGCUGAACAGGGGGCUUCUCCCCGUGUGUUUACAUGCUGCUGCUUACCAGGAUGCAGCAGCAGCUGGUGAAAGUAUCCGUACAGAGCCUUCUGCUUCCUUUGUUCCCAGACCUUGUGCCCCUCUUGUGUACGGGGUCUCUGCAGAGCAGGGAGAAGAUAAGAAUGCUGGUGAGGGGCUGAGGGCCGAGGGGAGCUCUGCGCCCCUGGGUGCAGGUGUGGGUGUCGGUGUGAACUCUGACAUCCAUUAUGAACCACUCUCUGGAGACUCCGAUCAGGACUCCCUUGGCGAGUGUGGAAAACCCGGGUUAGAUGCGGAAGAGUCCUAUGCUUUGCGAUGUAGUCACACUGAGAGGAAAGAAGGUGCUUCCAGAGAUGCUUAUGACUCUUUCCUGAGCCUGAACAAUCGUGAUCGUGCUGACUGGGGCUACGCUAGCCAGGUGCCAGGGGUGCCAGGGCUGGAGACGGGCGUACCUCCCAGAAACUGGCCCGUAGGAUUAAAGAAGGAAGAUAAGUGUGUGCCCUGUUACGUCCAAAUCAGAGAUCUCCGUGGGAUCCCCAGGACCUAUGCUAACUUCACCAUCACUAAAGAGUCCAGAGACACCACGAGGACUCUGCACAGCCUGCGGAGGCUCCCCGGCGUCACGGCCACGGGUGGCUUGUUCAGCUCCUGGACAGACACUUGGCAGGUGGCAGACGACCUCACCCAGAACACUUUAGAUCUGGAGUAUCUGCGUUUUGCACAUAAACUAAAACAAAUUGUGAAGAUGGGAGAUGCUCCGAGGUCCGCCCCUUUUGCCCUCCAGGUCGCCACGGGGGCUUUCCCUGCGACAAAGGUGCCCGCGUCCCCAGGGCUGCCUUCCGCUCCCCGCAGCAGAAGUCCCCUCGUGGUGACAGUUGUGCACUCGGACCCCAGACACCAGGGGCGGCAGGCGAGAGGCUGGACGCCCAGCCGUGUGAGACGUUCCUCCUCCUCCUGGAAGGAGAGGUGUGGCCACAGGAGACAUCAUCUCACAAACUCUGAACGCAGUCAGGCUGUUUCAUUCCACCUCAACAAACUGAAAUACAACAGCACGCUGAAGGAGUCCCGGGGUGACAUCGCCCUCAUUCUCAGUGAGUACGCCGAGUUCAGCAAGGUGGUGAGGAACAGCCACCGGGGCGUCUUCCAGGAGGGGGAGCCCCACGCCGCUUCCGGGGAGGCCGCAUCCCAGGAGCUGUGUCCCUGCAGCCCUCGGCCAGCGUCCUACGAGGACAUGGUGGCAGACCUGUGCACCAGUCUGCGCGUCAAGCUGGAGAGGGUCGUGAAGGAGGCUUGCACCAGGACCUUCCUCUUCCACCUCGUGGAGACAGAGGACAAGCCCUUUUUUGUAAGAACAAAGAACAUGCUAAGGAAAGGCGGCCACAUGGAAAUGGACCCUCAGCACUUCUGCCGGGCACCUCGCAGGGGGACAGACGUGCUCGUUGUCAUCAUCAGGAAUGAGGACCUGGCGUCACGCCUGCAUCAGAUUCCUUCUCUGCUGAAGCUGAAGCACUUUCCCAGUGUCAUCUUUGCCGGAGUCGACAGCCCUGAAGACGUCCUCAAUUACACCUACCAAGAGCUCUUCCAGACAGGUGGCUUUGUGGUGUCAGAUGACAAAAUACUAGAAACUUUAACAUUAGUUCAACUGAAGGAAAUUGUCAAAACCCUGGAGAAACUAAAUGGAAAUGGAAGAUGGAAGUGGUUGCUUCACUACAGGGAAAAUAAAAAGCUGAAAGAAGAUGUGAGAGUGGAUUCAAUUGCACAUAAAAAGAACUUAAUGUUGAAGUUGUAUCAGAGCGCAAACAUCAUCGACUUGCUUCCUUACCACCACUGCGACUCUCGACCAGCAACCAAAGCUGAGCCCCUGAAGUGUCUGCUAAACCUGCAGAUUCAGCACAUCCACGCCAGGUUCGCUGUCUUCCUAACAGAGAAGCCUGUGAUCUCCAGAGAAGUCUUUGAAAAUAGUGGGAUCCUUGUCACAGAUGUAAAUGACUUUAUUGAAAAUAUACAGAAAGUAGCGGCUCCGUUUCGGAGUAGCUAUUGGUAAUAAUAGAACUCUGACUCUCUCCCACGUGAGCUGGAAUGGACAGCAGAUACUGACACCUGUGUCUACGAGACACUAAGUUCAAAACCUCUUUUGUGCGCUUUACAUCAUGCUGUAAAUGUAAAGGGUUUGUUUAUUUAGGGGUGGAACUGCCGCUGGUUUGGCAUAAAUGGGACUUUCUCAAGUAUCACUAAUGAAAUAACUAACCUACUCUCUAAACGAUGAGCGUUUUCCCAGGUGGUCCACCUGCUGCCAGGACAGGAUGAUGUAGCCUAGGUGCGCAGACGUUUUCCCCAGUAGACAGCAUCUUAGGUAUGGAAUAGUUUCUUGGUUAUUUUGUUUUAAAGACGGAAUUAUCAGUUUCGUGUUUAUCCAGGUGAUUCAACUGCAGCUUGCCUAGACAUUGACAGCGCCAACAACAAAUUAGUAUUUUCCCUUCUCUUUGAAAACCUUUGAGAACCAAGUUGUUCUACAACUUGGGGGAAUGUUUUCCUUCAUAUUUUUUUUACACGUUGCUAGAAUGUUUGACUUGGUUCACAGCAGCACUGUAGUUUUCCAUUAGCUUUGGGUUGCAGUGUUCAAUAUUAUUGUUUUAAAUUAUUUUCAUUUUAAACAGAACGUCUUCACAGCUAUUAAUUGAACUUAAUGUUAAAAAGUAAAAUUUUACAAGUGUACUCAAUUGUAGCAAAAAUAAGUCUGUUUUAACCAGUAGCUUUAUUUUUGCAUGUUAAGGUCAAAAAUGCAUAUGUAAUGCAUGUUAAAAGUCUGUUUUAAAGUUUUUAACACCUGUGUAAAAACUACAAUCUUAAGUGGUUUUAUUUGCUGUUAUUCACGCUACACUACAUAAACAUCUUUUUCCUAAGUGGUACAAAUUUAUAAACUGUCAUUUUUCACUUACUCAGUUUUUGUAAAUAGUGCACUACAGACUCAACCCUGAGGAAGACAUAAUCACUUAUUUAUAUUAGAAAUAAUUUUUACAGUAAUCCUUAAAACUCAAAACCAAGCAAAAAACAUUUGUAAGAUACACAGUAUCUAUUUGGAACAAAGGUAUUUGUAACUAAUUUGUUGCAUUUUUUUUAAUAAAGACAACUAAAAAUCAUUCAACUGCUUCUACAGUGACUUCAUAGCAAAAAUUAAAUUUGUAAGGGAAUGUCUUAUAGCAGUUUAAAUUUUUUAGGCCAUUUAGCAGAAUAAGUAGCUUCCAGAGGAAUCCUACCACUUACCUCACCUUGGCCUCGUCCCUGCACACCUGCCCCGUGCUUCCCUCUCCCACGAGGGGACCUGCAGGACUCUCCGCCAGGCCCCUCCAGGGGUCAUGUUAGGCC